CAUCCACGGGUGCGGCUCUCCGCCGGAUGUACAGCCGCGGCUCCGGUGCUCAGCUCGCUCUGUCUCUCCCCCGGUCUCUCCCCGCAGCGCUGCCCGGUACAGGACGGGGCAGCGGCCGGCCCGCACAGCCCGCACAGCCCGCAGCACCAGUGCUGCGUUGAGGCUGAGCCAUGGCACACCGGUCGCAGUGCUCGUCGUUUGGCGGUGUGGAUGGUGAGACUGGGCAGAUACCUCCACACUACAAGGAGUACUACCGGUUGGCAGUGGAUGCACUGGCAGAGGAUGGGCUGGAGGCCUAUCACCGCUUCCUGGCCAGCGAGAAGGAGGUGGACUUCCUCUGCUCCACCGAGGUGGAGCACAUCUGCCGCAACCUGAAGAAGCCGCGCCUGUUGGCCGUGGGGCAGGACCAACUGGACUCUGGCCAGGGUUACCUGCAUACCCUGCCCCCCGGCUACCACGACUCAGACUCAUCGGGCACCUACUGGCCGGAGCACACGGACAUUGCAGCCCCGGUGCUGGAUCUGGGCUGGCCCAGUGGCCACCCCUUACGUGGGCCGUCUGACGUCACCAUCUUUGUGCACCCGCCUGCCCCCGACACCCUCAGCAUCAAGGAGGAGGUGCGCCGACUCAUCCGCUCCGCCACCCAGGUUAUUGCCAUUGUGAUGGAUGUGUUCACUGACAUUGACCUGUUUGAUGAGGUGCUGGAGGCUGCCAGCCGGGAGAUUCCUGUUUACCUUCUCCUGGACGAGAUGCAGUCUCACCACUUCCUCAACAUGGUGAAGAAGUGUAACGUCAACCUCAGCAACGUACAUUUCCUGCGUGUGCGGACAUUGGUCGGAUCCACCUACUACUGCCGCUCGGGGCUCUCCUUCACUGGAAAUCUCAUUGAACGCUUCCUGCUGGUGGACACCAACGCUGUACUCUGUGGCUCCUACAGUUUCAUGUGGUCCUUUGAGAAGAUUCACCGCAGCAUCGUGCAGAGGUUCCAGGGCGAGCUGGUGGGCAUCUUUGACGAGGAGUUCCGCAUUCUUUACGCCCAGUCGCUCCCGCUGGAGGGUCUGGAGAACGAGGUGCCUGCCAUGGACAACUACUACAGCGUGGCCCCGUACUCGCGUGUGCAGAGGGGCCGCCCCAGGCGGGGUACCCACAUCCUGCAGGACGACAUCCUGUCUCAGCAUUCCAGCCUGUCCUGGGCCGAGUCCGACCCUGAGCGUUUCCCCCGCAUUGUGAGGCAGGAGGGUCAGGGCGCACAGUUCAGGGAGGGUGCGGGCAUCAGGAACUACGGCAGGCAGUUGCCCAGCUUCCAGCAGGAGCCUGUCUGCAGCUCAGUGCUCAGAGCCAAGCGCAUGGAGAUGGACGUUUUGAAGCGUCGGAGCUACGCGGAGGGAACGGCGGAGAGCUACGACUCCAGGGAAUGCCGUUACGAAUGGAUGAGCGAGCACCGCGACCAGCUGGACACCCGCUCGGACCACGUGUUCCGGGAGAAGGAGCCUGGCGUGACGAGGGAGAGGUUCCGAUCCAUGAACAGUAAGCACCGCCUGUUUGAAAGGUUCCAGCAGGGCCGCCAGGACUUUCGCUGGGCCGAAGAGCCAGCCCAUGGCCACGAGCAGAUGAAUUACGAAGAUGCUUUCCUCUCGGGGUAUCCCUUGCAACCCCCGCUGUCCAACUGCUCCAGGGAAGUGCGGUAUGGGUCCAGCGACAUGGAGCUGGAGGGCGAGGGAAGGCUGGGGCUGGAGAUCCCGAAGCGGCCCAACAUUGGCCAGUCCUAUGCCUGCCAGAAGUCGCCCACACAGAAGCAGGUGCUGGACCCCCGGAUGCUGUUCCAGGAGUCGGGCCUGGGCCGUAAAUCCCAGGACCAGCCCACCAAGCUGGGGCUGCGGCGCUGGAGGUUGGGCUCCUACCUGAGCGACCAGCCCGGCCUGCCCGAGGGAGACCACUCGUCAGCUGGCCACAGCGAGGGGCCUGGGGACACGCACACGGGGAGGGAGCUGUGCGACACCCCCCUGAUCAGGGACCCUCCGCAGUUCACCAGCUACAAGCUGAUGGACCUGUACAGCUCCAAGCUGCAGAGGGUGGAGGUGUGCGAGGGUGUGAUGGAGCAGGGGGAGGGGGAGCAGGUGAUGAAGCUGGCCAAGCACGCCUCGCUUCGGAGCAAACUCAACCCCCUGCAGCAGCGCGGCUCACGGCUACGCUCCUCACUCAUCUUCAACUCCUCCAAAAUCGAGCAGCACAUGACUCAGAAGAGCCGCAAGGUGCUGAGCAUCCGAGAGCAGGUGCAGGACGAGGCGAGGGAGUGCCAGGAACAGAAGCCUCUCCCAGCCGGGAUACCUGAGGACACGGCCGAUGAGGAGCUGCGCAGUCACAUCCAGGGGCCGGAGAAUGUCCAGGGCACGCCAGCGGAGACCGUCGCUCCUGGGCAAACAGAGCCGGAGCAAGGGCAAUCCUGUAUGGACAUUAACCCCAACAUUCACCAUAGGGAGAGGGCAAAAUUCGACCUUCAGCUCAGCAAGAAGGUCCAGGAAGUCCUGAACAAGAUGGCACAGCGCACGUCGGCAGCCAAAGUGGUGGUCCCGCAGCACACAGACCACCCCCAGAAUCAGCCUGUGGUCAGCUCCUCCACUCUGACUACAAAGCCAAGCCCUCAACCCCCUGAGGCCGACACCAAUCCACCUCCUCCCACUGGACCCCAGCAUCCACCGACCAUCAGUGUCACCAGAGAGGCACCAGGUCCCACUGAGGGCCACAAGAGACCCUCGCCCACCCCCAUUGUGGAGGAGGGUGCAGUCAAGGUGAGGCUGCACUCCACCACCGUAUGUGUGAACGGGCAGGGGAGUGAGGACGGGAAACACCCAGCUGCCCCGACAACGCCCAAGGUCUCCCCGAAACAGAGGAACUUCUUCAACUUCCCGGGGGACCGCAGGUCCAGGGAGAUCCCUGGGCAGGGAGCGGCCAGCGGUGAGACGGAGAAGGGUGGCGAGCAAUCUCUGCGGGCCACGGUGGAGAGGGAGGAGAAGUUGCAGAGAUCUGCGGCGGUCCCCGGCGCAGUGCCGGUGACCAAGGCCACGGCACCGGCAUCUAGUGGACGCUACGGCACCUCGGCCAACGUCCUGUACAGCACCAACCUCCGCGAUGACACCAAGGUCAUCCUGGAGCAGAUCUCCGCCAACAGCCUGAAGAACCGGGAGGGGGCCAGGAAGGAGGUCGCCAUGGCGGUGGGCACCAAGCCGGAGGUUGCAAGGGCGGAAAUCGCCACCGUGGAGGUCGCAGGGUCGGAGGGCACCAAGCCGCAGCCCGCGCCGGCCAGCAGGGAGCAGGGACCCUCCGGCACGGCCCCGGCCGAUGGAGGUAACAGCGCUGUUGCCAGCAAGCCGUGUGUGGAUGUGCCGGAGAAGGCCAAGGAGACCCCCAGCCCGGCCGACCACACUGACCCCUUGAUCCGCAGGAUCGACAGCUUCAGGAAGGAGCGGCGCGUCUACAGCCGCUUCGAGGUGUUCUACAAGCGGGACGAGCCCCCCAAGGCAGAGGGCAACCUCUCGGGGCAGCAAGACUCCAAGGACACGGACGGAGCCGACAAAAAGAGACCGUCCAGAUUCAUCCCCAAGCUCUUGGGGACGUUCCGCAGGUUUUAACCACGGCCCUGGCGGCCACAUGCUGCCAUCCAGUCUGUGGCUC